AUGGCGACGCUGGUGCGGCCGCCCGUGCUGCACGUCCGCGCCGUGAGCGGCGGCAGCGGCGGAGGGAACAAGGACAGGGUGGCGCAGCGGCCGUGGUGGGGCGGAAACAAGCCCGUCUCGCCGCGCCAGCCGCGGCAGUCGGGCGGGAGCGGGGCGCGAGGAGGCGCGGGCGGCGGCGGCGCGCUGGACCAGGUGCUGGGCGUGCUCCGCCGCGACGGCGAGUUCCUCCAGGCCGCCGCCGGCGCCCCGCUCCGCGACGUCUUCUGGCUUCGCUUCCUCGAGAAGAAGCAGCGGAAGCAGCAGCAGCCGAGACCUAAGCCCAAGCCUCUGCGACAGCAGCAGCAGGAGGAGGUGGUAGUGGUGGAUGAGUCGCCCCCGGCCUUCCCGCCCCCUUCGUACUCGCCAGGGUUGUCGUGCGUGGAGCUAAUGGCGGCCGACUUCCAGGCCCUCAAGGUGUAUGCCGGUAGCGCUCAGCACUCUCUCGCGCGGCGAUUCCUCGGUAACAAGGGGAAGUUUGAACAGCAAUCUAGACAACCCCAGGAACAGCAGAAAGAGCAGCAGCAGAUACUUCAGGCCCCGACCUUCCCUCCGCCCUCGUACCCACCAGGGUUGUCCUGUAUGGAGUUGAUGAUGGCUGAUCUUGAAGCCCUCAAACUGUACAUCCACUACUAUUCAGCCAUCCUCACUACGCCACUCCCCCAGCAUUACGAUCCUGACCUCCUUGCUCAGUACUUCGCCUCACGUCCUCAUAUCCUUGCAUCUCGUGUCUUUCAGAUACUCUUCACAUUUGUCUCAGCUGUGGUGAAGAUGCAGAUUUCUAAAAGAGCUCAGUUGACCACAUAUGCUACCUAUAGUAGUGGCAACAGCAGCAAUGGUUUUGAUGAUACUCAAUAUAUGGUCGGUCAACUUCUCAAGGAGACAUUUCUUAACCUUGGGCCUACUUUUGUUAAAGUUGGACAAUCACUUUCUACAAGACCUGAUAUCAUAGGUUCAGAGAUUUGUGAGGCCCUUGCUGAGUUGCAUGAAAGAGUUCCUACUUUCCCAAGAGAGGAUGCAAUGAAGAUCAUUGAGGGAGAAUUUGAGUGCCCUGUGUCGCAUAUGUUCAGUUACGUUUCGGAUGAGCCUGUAGCAGCUGCUUCCUUUGGACAGGUCUACCAGGGGCGCACAGUUGAUGGUGCUCUUGUUGCAAUAAAGGUUCAGCGGCCAGACCUUCUACCUUCUGUACUGAGAGACGUCUAUAUUCUACGCCUUGGGCUUGCUUUCAUACGGAAGAUAGCCAAGCGAAGAAGUAAUAUUUCUCUUUAUGCUGAUGAGUUGGGUAGAGGUUUCGUCGGCGAGUUGGACUACAAUAUUGAAGCUGCUAACGCUACCAAAUUUAUGGAGGUUCAUUCCAGAUAUCCUUUCAUGCUAGUUCCUAAGGUUCUUAAACAACUUACUAGAAAGAGGGUUUUGACAAUGGAGUGGGUGGCUGGUGAGAACCCCAAGGAUUUACUUUCUUUGUCUAAAGGAGUUUCUGAAAAAAUUACUCAAGCUUCAGAUAAACAGAAGUUGGAAGCAAAAUCUCACCUUCUUGACCUGGUCAAUAAAGGUGUAGAGGCAUCGCUAGUGCAGCUUCUUGAGACAGGCUUGUUGCAUGCUGAUCCUCAUCCUGGUAACUUGCGUUAUACUCCUGAAGGUCGUGUUGGGUUUCUAGAUUUUGGUUUGCUUUGCAUGAUGGAGAGGAAACAUCAGCGUGCUAUGCUUGCAAGCAUAGUACACAUAGUAAAUGGAGAUUGGGCUUCCCUCGUUUAUGAUUUGACUGAAAUGGAUAUAGUUCCACCAAAAACCAAUCUACGUCGUGUGACAAUGGAUUUGGAGGAUGCAUUAGGCGAGGUAACCUUUGAAGAUGGAAUUCCAGAAAUCAAGUUUAGUAAGGUGCUUGGAAAAAUUUGGUCUGUGGCAUUUAAAUAUCACUUCCGUAUGCCACCUUACUACACACUGGUUCUCCGGUCACUUGCCUCUUUGGAAGGACUGGCCGUGGCAGCAGAUGGGACUUUCAAAACAUUUCAAGCAGCAUACCCGUAUGUUAUUCGGAAGCUUCUUUCCGACAAUUCACUUGCAACAAGAAGACUCUUGAAUCAGGCAAUUUUCAACAAAAGGAAAGAGUUCCAAUGGCAGAAGAUUGCUGCAUUUCUAAAAUUGGCUUCAGCAAGGACCAACUUCAAGUAUAACAGUGAAGUUUUGCCAGAGCCUGACAUGAAGGCCAUGAAUGUGGCUAGCCUUGUAGAGAUCAGUGAUUUAUCUUCACUUGACCGUGCUACAGCUACACCGGAGAGGGCAUUGCAUACUGCAAACCUGUGUGUGAGGCUUUUAUUAUCAAAGGACAGCGUUGUGAUUAGGAGACUUAUCAUGACAGCGAAUGCAAAAUCUCUUGCCCGUGAUCUAAUCUCCAGAGAUGCUUUGAUGUUCCGGGUGCUCCUUAGUAAGGUUAUUGCGGAUGUUGUCUGCCAAUGGAUGUUGAAUGCCACAGGCUUGAAACGAGUUGCAGAGACCAGGAUCCAGACGCCCAUGACCACAGGAAAGAGCGAGGAACAUCUGGUGCUGGCUGAAGAAUCAUCGACCCUGAUGGCACUCCAGGCGGCAGUAAAAGACCGAAGGAUGCAGCUCAUAUUCACCAAGUUUGUGAGGGAGUUGAGAGAGGAGCCCGUCUUGAUGUUUAGGGUGAGCUGGAACAUGUUCCUCAUCUCAGUCUCAGCUGCCGCUGUAGGCCUGCACCGUUUCAUGGUGUUCCUCUUGAAGGAGGGCAAUGCCAGGUUCUUGGAUGACAAGGUCAAGAAAAUGAAGAUUUGGCUGAUGGAGUUCUGGAAGCGGACGGCUAAUUUGGAGAUUGAAGGAGUUCGGUGA